AUGAAGAGAGAAAGUCAUGUUAUCACCAGAUACAGUUGGGAUGGCAGAAACGAGAGUGUAAUUGAUUAUAUUCUAGUAAAUAGGGAGUGUAGAGAGAAAGUAACAAAUGUGAAGGUAAUUACAAGUGUGAGUGCAGAUGGAGACCAUAGAUUACUGGUGGGACAAUGGAAAAUGAAUCAGUGUGUGAAAAAUAGAAAACAGAAGAAAGUGAUGAGGACAUGGGAUUGGAAACUGAAGGAGAGUGAAUGUGCUGAGAAGUACAGAGAACUAAUAACACAAAAAUUUCCAAAAGACACAAGUUGGUGGGAUGAUGCCACAAUCCAAGCAGUUAGAAGAAAAAAUGGAGCUUGGAGGAAGUGGUGGAAAACUAAAAAUGACGAAAACCAUAAAAGAUAUAUAGAGGAUAAGAAGAAGUGCAAAGAUAGUGGAAACAGCAAAGAAAAAGGCAUGGGAAGAGUUAACAAAAAAAAACUUGAAGUAGAUGUGAAGAGGAAUGAGAAAAUGUUCUAUAAAAUGAUGAAAAAUAAAAGGAAGGCUUCUGAAGUACCAAAACUGUUAAAUGCUGAGGAGCAGGUACUUGAGGAAACAACAAAUAAUGGAGAAAUUGAGAGAAGCUGGGAAGCAGAAUUAGGACAAAUUACACGGGAAGAAAGGGAGAAGCUGGAAAGAAGAUGA